AAAAUGGACUGGCGCACGGGAAAUAAAACACUGCAAAUUCUGGAUGCAGCAGAGAAGGGCCAAUACGGUGUCCUGGCAGCAAUCGUGUAUAAUGUCGAACAUAUUACAGCGUUUGUGAAAGCAGCCGAAAAUCGAAGGUCCCCAUUGAUCAUUCAAUUAUUUCCCUCGUCCCUCGUUCAGACACCAUCUCUUGUCCAUGCAGCGGCAGCAGCAGCCAAAUCCGCCUCGGUUCCUAUUUCCAUCCAUCUCGACCAUGCGCAGAGCUGGGAUCAGAUUAAGGAAGUAGCGAAUACGCUUCCCUUCGAUUCAAUAAUGGUAGAUAUGAGCCACUAUGAGAAAGAGGAAAACAUCGUCAAGACCAAGACUCUGCGAGAAUAUUGUCACUCAAAAGGUAUUUCCGUCGAGGCCGAAACAGGGCGGAUUGAGGGCGGCGAGGAUGGUAUUAUGGACACUGGGGAUCUAGCAGGGAUUUUGACAAACGCAGAGGAUGUCGAAGAGUUUAUAGGUGCAGGAGUUGACUUUCUUGCACCGAGUGUUGGCAAUCUUCACGGUGACUAUGGUCCGAAGGGCCCACAACUGGACAUGGAACGUCUCAAACGAAUCUUUCGGGCGCUGAAUGGGCGCGCUCGCCUCGUGUUGCAUGGAACGAACGAUUUCUCUCCGGAAUUAUCUAGAGCUUGCAUCGAGGCAGGAGUCACCAAGUUCAACGUCAACAAGCUGGUGUUGGACCCCUGGUAUGACUAUCUCAGAGCCAAUAUUCAUAAACCCUUGACGCAAGUGAUGGACGAAGGGAUCGAGGUUCUGACCAGGUCAACAGAGCGGUGGAUGGAUAUCAUGGGCAGUAGCGAAAAAGCAUAAACACACUCAAGAGUGACAGGAUAAAGCCUUUAGUGGAACCGGGCAUUUCUCUCUUAGAGGGACUCCUGUUUUGUGGCGUAUGAGUAUCCCAGAGUCUGCUUGCCUAAAGAACUAGAUGCGAAUUCGAGAGGAUUCGAAGGCCUAAGGCAUGACCCCGUGACCAACGCCUCUUCAUUCACUCGCACCAUCACGUCUUCACGUAGACUGCCAGCAUCUGC